AUGUGGGCUGAGCAUGGAGACACUAUCAGCAAUCUGUACGCAGGCACAAACGCACUCAAGAGUGACUUCACGCGCACAGGCCAGCGAGCGAUGGAGGGCGUGCUCAAUGACAGUGUGAACUCACUCACCAGACACUACCUCAAUGCCUUUGAGCAUGACGAUCAACAACAACUUCUGGAUCUGCUCACAAACAGUUCGACACUUAAUGCCACAGACACCAGCGCCGCACUCUCUCACGAGCGCUACUUGAAAGAGAGACAG